GGCCUCGCGAGUGCGAGCGCCAGCAACAACUUCCUGCUUCGCGGAAGACUGCGAGGCCAGAGGACGCUAAGAACUGUAUGAUUCGCCAAUUCUUGGGGCUGUCAUACCAUGGCUGAAUCAGACACUGACAGAAACCAGAUUGAAAAACUCCUAAACAGAAUACAAGAACUGGAGCAGGAAGUACAAAGACUUAAAAAAGAACAACCCAACAACAUCAAAGACCCAAACGUUAAAGAAAAUUCUUCAGGAUCUGGAAAAGCUAAGCGUGCCUUUGAUUUCAGUGCCCACAGCCGAAGACAUGUAGCUCUAAGAAUAGCCUAUCUGGGCUGGGGAUACCAGGGCUUUGCUAGUCAGGAAAACACAGACAAUACCAUUGAAGAGAAACUAUUUGAGGCUCUGACCAAGACUCGACUGAUAGAAAGCAGACAGACAUCCAACUAUCACCGGUGUGGGCGAACAGAUAAAGGAGUUAGUGCCUUUGGACAGGUGAUUUCUCUUGACCUGCGGUCUCAGUUUCCAAGGGGCAAAGAUUCAAAAGAUCUUAAUUUAAAAGAUGAAGUCAGUGAUGAUGCCAAAGAGAUCCGUUAUACCCACAUUCUUAAUCGGGUACUCCCUCCAGACAUCCGUGUACUGGCCUGGGCCCCUACAGAACCUAGCUUCAGUGCUAGGUUCAGCUGCCUUGAGCGUACUUACCGUUAUUUUUUCCCUCGUGCCGAUUUAGAUAUUGUAAGGAUGAAUUAUGCAGCUCAGAAGUAUAUUGGCACUCAUGAUUUCAGGAACUUGUGUAAAAUGGAUGUAGCAAAUGGAGUGAUUAAUUUUCAGAGGACUAUUCUGUCUGCUCAAGUACAGCUAGUGGGGCAGAGCCUGGGUGAGGAGAAAUGGCAAGAACCUUUCCAGUUAUGUCAAUUUGAAGUGACUGGGCAGGCAUUCCUUUACCAUCAAGUCCGAUGUAUGAUGGCUAUCCUCUUUCUGAUUGGCCAAGGAAUGGAGAAGCCAGAAGUUAUUGAUGAGUUGUUGAAUAUAGAGAAAAAUCCCCAGAAGCCUCAAUAUAGUAUGGCUGUAGAAUUUCCUCUAAUCUUGUAUGACUGUAAGUUUGAAAAUAUCAAGUGGAUCUAUGAUGAGGAGGUUCAGGAGUUCAAUGUUACUCACCUACAGCAACUAUGGGCUAAUCAUGCUGUCAAAAGUCACAUGUUGUAUAAUAUGCUGCAAGGACUGGACUCUGUUGUGUUACCCUGUAGAACAGGACCAAAUGUGGAUGGAACAAUAGAAUGGAGAAACAUUAAGCCCUCUGUCAUAAAGCAGACCAGUGCCUUUGUAGAAGGAGUGAAAAUGCGCAAAUACAGGCCCCUCAUGGAUCGCCCUAAAUGCCAAGGAUUAGAAUCCCGGAUCCAGCAUUUUAUUCGUAGAGGACGCAUUGAGCACUCACAUCUAUUCCAUAAGGAAGAAACAAAAGCUAAAAGGGAUUGUCAUGACACACUGGAAGAAGAGAAUACUCUUUCAGAGAAAUCGAAAAAGAAGGUCUGUGUGGAUGGAGAAAUUAAGAGCAUCAUUUAAUCAUAGCAAACUUACUGGGAU